UGCCCCACAAGAGCGGUGUCAUGAAUACUGAGAGCCCUCAACAAGACAAGAAUAAGCAGUCUGCACAGGGGGAUGAGGCAACCACCCCUACACCCCCUGCAGAGAAUAUGGUACCCCCCACAAAGCCUACAAGCUCUGAUGCUCCCAAGUCGCUGUGUGGUUAUCUGAUGAAGCAGAGCCUCAAGCUACCCAUAAAAACAUGGAAACCAAAAUGUGGCUCUGUGGUUCGGCUGAGUAACUACGGUCAUGCUGAAGCUGUUAUCACUGGUAUCGAUCAGUAUGGCUACCUACUGGUGCGGAGGAGAGAGGAUAGACAGGAGCUGAGCUUGCAACCUGAUGGCAACUCUUUUGACAUUAUGAGAGGACUUAUAGCUAUGAAGACCAACUCAUAGUCACUGUGUGUGUGUGUGUGUGUUUGCUUUUGCAAUAUCCAUUUCUUUCUGUAUAGAUCUUUACCUUGAAUCUCAUUAUUAUACAAAUUCA